UUAUCUCAUUGUUAUUCCUACUUUGUGAAGCAAUUCUGGAAGUCUUCUUUUGUAUCUUCAUGAAGCGUGAUCAAAAUGUUGGUGAAUGCUGCUGCCAAGUGCCACCCAGCAGAAGGGAAGCUCAUUACGUUGUAUCCUCAUCCGUAUUAUUGGUUGCACCUGGCUCCAUGCAAUUUCGGGCUGUUCCGCAAAGCCAGAAUGACUACAAAAGAGCCCUCUUUGGUGGAGCCCACAGGCGGAGAGGAAGCACAGGAUUCAUAAGAUGGCGGGCGGGAGAAUAUAUAAAAAACUGGAGGCCAAGAUACUUCCUUUUGAAGACAGAUGGCUCAUUCAUAGGAUAUAAAGAGAAACCUCAAGAUGUGGAUUUACCUUAUCCCCUCAACAACUUUUCAGUGGCAAAAUGCCAGUUAAUGAAAACAGAACGACCAAAGCCAAACACAUUUAUUAUCAGAUGUCUCCAGUGGACCACUGUUAUAGAAAGAACAUUUCAUGUAGAUACUCCAGAGGAAAGGGAAGAAUGGACAGAAGCUAUCCAGGCUGUAGCAGACAGACUGCAGAGGCAAGAAGAGGAGAGAAUGAACUGCAGUCCAACCUCACAAAUUGAUAACAUAGGAGAAGAAGAAAUGGAUGCUUCUACGACCCAUCAUAAAAGAAAGACAAUGAAUGAUUUUGACUAUUUGAAACUACUAGGUAAAGGCACUUUUGGGAAAGUUAUUUUGGUUCGAGAGAAGGCAAGUGGGAAAUACUAUGCUAUGAAGAUUCUGAAGAAGGAAGUCAUUAUUGCAAAGGAUGAAGUGGCACACACUCUAACUGAAAGCAGAGUAUUAAAGAACACUAGACAUCCAUUUUUAACAUCCUUGAAAUAUUCCUUCCAGACAAAAGACCGUUUGUGUUUUGUGAUGGAAUAUGUUAAUGGGGGAGAGCUGUUUUUCCAUUUGUCGAGAGAGCGGGUGUUCUCUGAGGACCGCACACGUUUCUAUGGUGCAGAAAUUGUCUCAGCCUUGGACUAUCUACACUCCGGAAAGAUUGUGUACCGUGAUCUCAAGUUGGAGAAUUUGAUGCUAGAUAAAGAUGGCCACAUAAAAAUUACAGAUUUUGGACUUUGCAAAGAAGGGAUCACAGAUGCAGCCACCAUGAAGACAUUCUGUGGCACACCAGAGUAUCUGGCACCAGAGGUGUUAGAAGACAACGACUAUGGCCGAGCGGUGGACUGGUGGGGCCUGGGGGUUGUCAUGUAUGAGAUGAUGUGCGGAAGGUUACCUUUCUACAACCAGGACCAUGAGAAACUUUUUGAGCUAAUACUAAUGGAAGACAUUAAAUUUCCACGAACACUCUCUUCAGAUGCAAAAUCUUUGCUUUCAGGGCUCUUGAUAAAGGAUCCAAAUAAACGCCUUGGUGGAGGACCAGAUGAUGCAAAAGAAAUUAUGAGACACAGUUUCUUCUCUGGAGUAAACUGGCAAGAUGUAUAUGAUAAAAAGCUUGUGCCUCCUUUUAAGCCUCAGGUAACAUCUGAGACAGAUACCAGAUAUUUUGAUGAAGAAUUCACAGCUCAGACUAUUACAAUAACACCACCUGAAAAAUACGAUGAAGAUGGUAUGGACUGCAUGGACAAUGAGAGGCGGCCGCAUUUCCCUCAGUUUUCCUAUUCUGCAAGUGGACGAGAAUAAGCCUCUUUCAUUCUGCUACUUCACUGUCAUCUUAGAUUUAUUACUGACAAUGAUUCCUGGACAUCACCACCAGUCCUCGCUCUUACAGACAGCAGGGCACCUUCCGACAUCCCAGACCAGCCAAGGGUCUCCACCCCUCGCCACCUUUCACCCACAUGAGAACACACACGUACACAAACACACUCCCAUUUUUGUUUUUUUGCAUGAAAUUGUAUCUCAGUCUAAGGUCUCAUGCUGUUGCUGCUACUGUCUUACUAUAUAGCAACUUUAAGGAGUAAUUUUAUAAUCUGUGGAAGUCAUGAGCCCACCAUUGUUCAUUUGUGCACAAAUUGUCAUCUUGAUCUUUUAGUGUUUUUUUUUUUUUUUUCCCUAACAGUGAAAGGCUAAAUGAGAUACACUGAUUCUAGGUACAUUUUUUAACUUUCUAGAAGAUAAAUCAAAAACUAAUUAGACUAAGAAGAUUUAGUUUCUAUUUCCAAACAAGCAAUUGUGGGAGGGUGGUGAUGUGCAUAUGCACAAGUUUAGUAAAGCAGAUCUGAUCAGUGCAUAAAGUAAGUGUAUGUCACUAAGAUUUAGCUGGAAUUCAUUAGGAAGCAUUUGAGAGGACUUAUCAACUGUUAAGAUACACAUACAUGUUUUUAAUUCCUGUUGGAUACUACGGAGGAAGCCCAGUAUCACGUGUGGACAUCUGGAUCUCACGGGCAAUCAUGGGCAAGUGGACAUUGUUCUACCAAGAAACGAAGGCACAUACACAGAGCGAAAGUCACAUGUAGGGUCUUAGCAUACACUCUGGCCAGAGAGCAUUUUUCCCUGUGCUUGGCAACCUUUUCCCAUCUUGAUAUUUAUCACCUCUGAUGGCUGAAGAAUGUAGACAGGUAUAACGAUCCUGCUUUCACCAAAAUUGUACACCAAGGUAAACCAACAGGUGUUUGCCUUAUUAGUUUUGAUUUUUUACUUUUUCAGUUCUAGGUGAUUAGCUUUUUCUCAGAUGUUAAAACUUUGAAUGUCCUUUUUUGAUUUUGUUUGUAUUGCAGUAGUAUUUAUUUUUUAGUGAUGAGAAUUGUAUGUCAUGUUAGCAAAUGCAGCUCCAACUUACAUGAAAUAGACUUACUGCAGUUUCUGUUGACCCAUGUGCAAGGAAUGUACACGCAGAUGAGAAUCAUGCACUUUUUCUCCUAUGUAAAGAAUUUAGGUAAGGCUCUGAAAUUGUACUGAUUGAUUAGAAUUUGGCUUUGGGAGAAGAGUUGCUGUCGUUUAACCCCUUGAUUCUGCAAAUGAGAGAAUCAACUAUUCAUGCCAAGGGGUUAAUGAAACAAAUAGCUGUUGCUCUUUGUUCACUCGAGAAUUAAAACUAUUAGGAUGACCUGACAACAACAUAAUGAAGAAAAUCGAGACCUGAAUGAUGUUAAGAAAUGAACUUUACUUGGCAAAAUGAACACAUUGCGAGCAUUUGUGAAGCAGUCAGUAAAAGAUAAAAGCCUGGUGUGUUUAUUCUGAUCAAGGUACAUUUAUCACUGAAUUAAGCCAUCAGGGAAAACAAAACAGAAAGAACACCUCUAGCUUUUCUUUUUUUGUACAUACUCAUGUCUCCAAAUCCCAACAUUUCUCACUGAGAGGGGACAUGGAUGCAAACCUCAUCUUUCUCCUUCAUUAAUGAUGAUCUUCAGAUUAAACCCUUUGGUGCUAGGAGCUGACAUUUUCCAAAGCAGCCUAUGAAGUCCAAGGGGCAGGAGCCCCUGCCUGUGGCAAGCCGGAGGGCGCGAGCCCCCUGGGAUGAUCAUGGAGAUUUAUUCUAGUUAAACUCUGACAGCUCCCAAACAGAAGACUACAUCGAGACAUAGUAUUAUGAUUGCUUUGUAUGAGAGAGCAAGUGACUUUCUAGUAGGGUGAAUCAUAUCCAUCUGCAGAUGUCUUAGCCUGUAUGACGCUGGAAGUGUGGAUUUACAGCUCUGAGACCACUGCUGGCAGUGGGUGGGCCGCUGGGACUGAUGGGGAGGGGGGUGUUAAGGGCAUUUUAUUAAGGCAGCUAAGGCAUAUUCAGACAUAGAUUUUAUCCUAAUUUUUCAUAUUUCUACCUGAGUGACUUUCAUCCUUAGUAUUGAGAAGUUACAGUAAAUGGUAGUUCAUUCUUACAUCUAUAGAUUAACUUUUUUUCACUUGGAAUUAUGUUGAAUGUUUCACAGUGACAAGAAAGUAGACUAGAAGGUGUGUCCUUUAAGUUGUCUUGCAUCCAUUUUCUGAGAAAGAAACAGGUGAGAGGAAGAGAAGAAAGCUGGGAGUGGCUGAUGUUCAGAGCAUUUGUUCCUUUAGAGGGAAAGCGUGACACUGUACAGGGAGCACAUAGCUUUUUGUUGAUUUGGUUCCCCUCCCCGCCAAAACCUUAAGGUAAUUUCCAUAACCUUGGCCAAGGAUACUUUGCGAAGAUUAAUGAUGGGCACUGAUGGUGCCCCGGGCUGCCCACUCCUCACAGGUACCCCCAGUCCCCAGCCACGCAGGGCUCAGUCAUCCCCUCCGAGGCUGUCCGUGUCACAGAAAGUGUGUUCUUGGCUUUGAUUUUGAGACUCCCUUCCUUUCACUCCCAGACCCCAGUCAUCUGGCAUGGAGGCAGGAGAGAGCACAGAACGAUGUGCAGAGGGAAAUUGUGGAACUUCCCUAAGUUGCCCAUAGCUGUAGUUUUGGAUUCUGGCAGGUUAAACAGCUGGAAACCUGGAAUCGUCCUAUACAAAUCCCAGUCCAACUUUGCAGACUCCAGCUUGUACUGUCAUGAAGUCUGACCUCUUGUCCCAAGGCAGCCAUCUUGGAGGAAAUUGGCCACUUGCGCUUGGAUUGUUGGCAAGGGUUGCUCACAGCUUUGCUUUCUACACUAAUUACAUAGCAUUAUUCCAGUAUGUUUUCCAUUUCCCACGCCUGAUUUUCGGCUUCUCAAAGCUGACUGUUCUUGCGGGGCCACUUGCUUCUUCUAGAGUACAAAAGUAAGGGCCUCCCUUACUAACUGCAGGGUCUAUAUACUACACCUCAGUGUACACACUUGCUGCUACCGUUUGUACUGUCUACAGUAGAACUUCCUUAUCUUGCUCCUGGUAGUGCAUUACAGGCAAGCAUGAAAUGUAAAGUAUUUAUUUAAAUAAAAAGAAAACCUCUAAAUUGGUAAUUGAAUUACCUCCCUGUAGCUUUAUAGUUUGUGACAUUUCUUGACCUUGCUAGUUCUUUCAUUAGAUCCCUGAAAGAUGUGGUCAUCUGGGUAAGGAUUUUAAGCAGAUGCAACUAUGAACCCAAGAAACUGUAUUACUGUUACUGUUGGUCAUACUAAAACUGUUUCUUUCCUUAAGUAUAUGACCCACAAGGAUGUGAAAUAACUACAAGAAACUGUUUUUGUACACUGUACAUCCUUAGUAUUUUUACACGUAUAUGAUAGGGAUGCACAUUAUUUUCCUUCGUACAGACAGCUUAAAUAAAGCACUAUGUCAAUCUGCUA